GUAGUAAGUAUUGUAGCAGCAGAAGCAUAUCCUCACAAAGAUAACACGAAGAAGAUCCUUGAAAAGAAAUUUAGAAACUUGAAAAACUCAUUCGUCGCAAAACACACAUCAGAGAUAAACGGAACGUUGAGGAGACAGGCGAUAGCACAAGCUGCCAUUGAUUAAAUAAAGUUUGGGGAAUUUAAUGGAAAAUUCAAUUUAAUUGUAAUUGUGAAACAGAGAAGAAAAGAUUUUCAAUAUCAUGGUCGUAUGAAUUAAGAAAUUAAGGAACCAACCAAAGCAUUUUCGAGUUACGAAAAUACAAAUCAACACCAUUCAUUGAAAUACUUAUCCCUGAGAAACUCUCCAAAAACCUGCUCAACCGCUUCACGCCAAAAAAAAAGAACUUAAAUCACCAUGCAUGAGAGACGCGUAAAAAAAAUCAAAGGUGGCCACUAUGUUGCCACCCAUGGCCGUUCCACACCCGAUCCUCCCUAUGUCCACUCGAAUCGUGGCUAUUCCACGGAUGGCGAAGAAUCUCAUAGGGCACCCUCGGAACGCACCAUGUCCGAAUAUACGAUAGCACACGAGCGUACCUCACCUCAGGGUCAUUAUCAUUCAUCGCGAAAAACGCGCAUUAACAAUGGCCAUACGAACGGUCACUCAAAUGGCCACUAUUCGCAGUCGGUGGUUGAUAGCGGAGGACCACGUUCGCUAAGCGGUCCCCCACCUUCACGUUUGCCGCCACGAGCGCCAUCGGCUUUGAGUUAUGAUCAUGGAGGCGGUGAUACAGGCAGUGAUAUAUAUGUGACCAGUGCUGCCUAUAAGGCGCCUUCGGAAAUAAGUCGCUACAGUCAUCGCCCUGCCUCUAGAGCGCCACGAAGUGUAUAUUCCGUUGCCAGUACAGCCAAAACCGGUCGCAGUGCCAGAAGCACAACAAAGAGAGGAGCCAAAAUUGAGACCAUGUCAGCUCCAAAUCCUUUCUGUCCCAAUGUCAAGGGUGUUUGUUGUCUAAUGUUAUUGUUGAAUCUGGGUCUAAUUUUGGUUACUCUGGGCUUUGUUAUUGUGGUGCAAUUCCAUGAACCAGUCUAUGUGUGGAUUCUUGGUAUUAUCUUUUUGAUCUUUGGUUUCUUAACCCUCAUUGGAUGCAUGGUCUAUUGCGUGUAUGUAUGCAGGGAUGCCAAGACACCGUCACAGGUGCGCAAUGAGGAUCUUUAUUGGACGCGACAUUGGCAAAAGAACAUAGGCUAUACGCCGCAGGAGAUCAAUUACAAAGCGGAUAAAUACGAUGCCUAUUCCGAUCGUUAUUCGGUUGGCAAAAUGAGUGGCAAAUAUUCGGAUAGAGAAAGCAAUCGUUACUAAAUAAAUAACCACUCAGACCAACACACACACACACAAACACUGAAGUAAAAAAAAACCAAUUACUCGAAUAACUCAACGAAUGCAACGCAACCACUAAACGAAACGUAUUGUAACGUACCUGCUGCAAGUGACUUGCUAGUUCGUAUGUUUGUUUAUCCAACAGAACAACAACAGAAGAGGAACAAAAACAAGAAUAAAUAAAACAAUAAAAAUAAUACUUAUAUAUAUAUAUACCUAAAAACAAACAUUUAAAGUUUAAUAGUUAUUAACUAAUUUUAAAUUGAUUAUAAACUUGUUUUUUUUUAUUAUUUGAAAACGAUUAAUUAAUUUAAUCGUUUCGUAAGAAUGCCAUAAAUAAAUGUCUACUACAUUAACUCAAACAAAAAAUAAUAAAGCGAAUACAAUGAUGUGCAACAUCAACUCUGACUACCUUCCCUCACCAUCCAUCCCAAAAAUGCCCCCAAAUAGUCAAUAGCAACUGCAACAACAAUGUAUUAUAUAAUCCUAUUAAUUACCACACUAAUUACUCACCUUACCAAACCGAUGACCAACAACUUCUUUAUAUUCAACAUUUUUCUCUUUGGGAACCCUCGAGAAGAAGAAACUCCCAGUGAAAUUGUAUAAGGAAUUUUAUGAAUUAAUUUUUAAUUUAGUUAUUAUAAUUAUAAAAAAUAAUUUUAAUAUUGUAAUAUUUCUAUAUGGAGUGUAUUGAUUUUA